UUGCUUUUUAUUUUAUUUUUUAAGGAACAUUUUUAUGAUACAGAGAGUGGUACUGGUUACCUUGCUUGGCGCCUAAAAACAGUGCAGCGCAAGACUUUGUUUCAAAGCAAGGAAGUAAAAGAAAAUAAAAAUGGAGGUCCAAGUUCAGUGAGAGAAAUUAUUCACCCAGAAGAACAGCUAACUGGAGACAGUUGCAGAGAAGCAGUAUCUUUCCUGACUCAUUGUUCAGAUAAAGUACUCAUUUAUGAGAAAAUGAGAAAAACAUUUCAAUACCGCCAGCAACUGGUGCAUAACCCAGAAAAAAUGACAUCUGUACUUUCUGUCUUUCUGAGAUUUUUGGAUACAAAAGGCUUGGUAAAUCAGGAUUUCAGUCUUUUAUUUGGCUCUGACACAUCUUCCAAAUUGCUUGAGAAGUGGGAUACCUGCUUUAAGUUUAAGAUUAUUAAAGAAGCGAGAUCUCUGACAGGUCAGAUGGCUGAUUUGAAUAUUCUGCUGAAGUGUGCAGAAUCUACCUUUGAUUUUGAAGAUCACGAAUCAUCAGGAUUUAUUGGUUGGGAUGCAGACAUGGCCUCAAUUUUAUUAUUAGUCUAUCUUUUGCCACCACCGGCUGGAGGAAAAAAAGUGCCAAAAAUCACCUCUAGUGGGGCUGUUGACCAUAUGGUACAGUUUCAUAAGUCAUGCUGCAGUAUUGAUGAACACCACAGCCAAAAUGAAGGUCGGCAGCCUUACCUUCUGGCAGUAGGAACAACGAAGGCCAAGAUUCAUGACUUUUAUAUUGUCCUGGACAAACAGCUUAUACCAUGUCAGGCAAGAAGUUCUUUGGGAGCAUUCGAUGAGCUUUUUAAAGCUCAUUUUGUAUUCAGUAUUUCCUAUGAUAAGGCCUUAAUCAAUGUAUAUACAUUCUUGCAAACAACUGUUUACAACAUUGAUAUUGGACAUGUGAGGGAAUCACCAAGGGUUAAAGAAUUAAGAGCAAAAAUAUUGAAUAAUUAAACUAAUUGAUUGCUGUUCAGUCAUCAUAAUGACAAAUAUGUUAAAGUGUUUUUCAUGCUUAGCAAAAUAUUGUUUAUAAUUCUUAAAGAUAAAAAGUGUUAUUUAAUUACAGUUGAAUUUGAUACAGUUUGCUUUGUUGAACAUCUUCACAGUUUUAGUGUGCAGGAAAGAGCUUUGAAAGAU